AUGGGUUUGUUGCAGUUCCUUUUUCCUGCUUCCAAGUCUGGAGGUCUUCUACAUGAAGACGGUCAAGAGGACGAGAAAGAUACCUUUCUUCCUUCGCAUCGACCUCUCCGUCCCCUCCAAAGUUCGAGAGGGAAACGGCUGGAGCUCUGUCUGCUUAUCGUUAGCGGCACUAUCCUCAUACUUGGCCUUGCCAUAGCGGUUCUUGCUAUAAACCGAUCUACCGGAGUGUCCAUGCCCUUUGAAUCUGGAUGGGUGACGAAAAUUGGUCCACCAUAUCCAGUGUUAAGCAUCGAACAGGUGCAUUUCGAUGCUGGACUAGCCUUGAAUGAGAAAGGAGAUCUCAUCAGGACCUCUAAUGUCGAAGGGUCCCGUCAAUAUGUUGGCGAGCCAAGCGACGAAAUCGAUUCCAACUGGGAAUUGUUAAUACCUUCGGAUACGAACAUCACCCGCGAAGAAGCUCAGCAGAUAGGUGGUGAAUUCUAUUUCUAUCCUGGUACAGACAUUGCUACAAUUGAGAUAUCCUCUUUUCACUUACUGCACUGUCUAGAUAUGGUUCGUCAGUCUGUGCAAUGGGAACAUUAUUGGCCGAACGGUGUCGACAAAAGGCAACAAGUGCAUGUCGACCAUUGCAUUGACGCCAUAAGACAGUAUAUCCAGUGCCACAUGGAUCUGACGCCAAUUAACCUAGUAUGGUCCAAGAACAGAGGGGGUAUUUUGCCAGACUUCAAGCAAGUCCAUACCUGCCGUAGUUAUCGAGAAGCUCAUGAAUGGGUUCUCCGGAGGAACAUUGCAAACUAUGAAUCCGGUAUAGGCGACAAAGGUGUCGCUGAUGAUGCUCGCCAAACACUCCAGCGGUUGGGAUGGGAGUAG